AUGGUUUUGAAACCUUAUCCUGCUAAUAAUUUCACUAGCUCUCGAUACCUUUAUUUAUCACUCAGUGCUACUUGGAAGAUUAACCAUUUGAAAUUGGAGACACUCAACUUGAGCAGCAACGCUCUUCGAACACUUGACAAUAUUCACUCAACACCCCACUUACUCGUACCAGAAAUCCAAGAUAAUCUUCUUGAAGACAUUGACAGGCCGUUGUUCUUCCCAAAGUUGAAAAAUUUAAAUAUUUCUUCUAACCCAAUCAGAGUUUUGGAUGAAAAUAUCGCACUGUUACUGUCUUUAGGACUAUUGGAAGCUAAAUAUUGUGAAAUUGAACUUAUAUCGAUCGAUUUAUCCAGAUUUAAAAAUUUACAAAGAAACUGUUUGAUCGAACUUGAGUAA